AUGAAAACUACUGGAAUUGUGAUUAUAAUGAUGAUUACUUUGAGUUUGGUGGUGCAGGCUGAGAAGAAUUAUGCAGAUAUGAAAAUGGGGUCAAAUAUCUCCCCAGAUGAACUUACUUGUCAAGCAAAAUGUGGCAUAAAUUGUGUGUUAGCCAAUCUUUUUUAUCCAAUAUGUUUUGCUAUUUGCGUUGCAAAAUGUCCCAAAACACUCACCGAUUCUUAUGAUUGUGUCACUGGUUGUGGUGUGAGCAAGUCCAUUACUGUGAAUAUUGAUGCUCGUGGUAAUGUGGUUGAUGUGGUGGAUUCUUGUUUACAAAAAUGUGAGAAGUCAUGA